AUGUUUCAUCGGCCGAAUAAAACAGUGGGAGAAUCUGAACAUCUAAAUGAAAUCUCUCCCUGUAAUUCCUAUGUGGCAACCCCCGUGAGUGCAUGGCCAGAGAGGACACCUUCCUUGCCCCAUUCAGUCCCUUGGCGAUCCACGCUGUGCCCGCUCGCGCAUAGGACACGUGAAGUCGAGACCGAUGUCAAGAAGCACAGAGAGUCCAAAAGCACAUCACGGUCUUUCAAGAUGUCAGAGGAAUUCGAGAAGAUCCUGGACUCGGUCGGGUCGUUCGGCCGCUACCAGAAGUGGAUGGUCGCCGUGGUCAUCGCCCCGACGUCCUUCGGCAUCGCGUUCAUACUCUCCGUCAUCAUCUUCCAGACGCUAGUGCCCGCCCACUGGUGCCACGUGCCCGGGAGGGAGAACACGUCCUUCACAGCUGACCAGUGGAAGAACCUCACUAUACCGGCUGAUGGAGGCCAGUUCUCCGAGUGUGAGAAAUACAAGAUGGUUUGGGUGGAAGACGAGAAUCGGCCCCUGAACAUAUCCGUCGAAAGGGAAGGAUGCACCGCCGGUUGGGAUUUCGACACGUCGGAGAUGGUGUCGACGGUCGCGACGAGCCACGGCUGGCUGUGCGAGCGACGCCGGUAUUCCGAUCACAUCCUCGCCGUCGGAACCGCAGGGAACGCCGUGGGCACGCUGCUUCUGCCCUCCCUUUCGGAUCGAUUCUUCGGUCGACGCUUCGUGUUCUAUCUCUCGCACGUCCUGUACCUCGUCUUCACCCUGGCCUUCGUGUGGACGCCCAGCUACAUCUUCCAGCUCGUCUUCCGGUUCAUGGCUUCCCUCAGCUUCCAGACCAACUACCAGAUGCCUUAUAUUAUUACGCUCGAGUUCCUGCCGCCUUCGAAACGUGGCUUGGGAGUCUUGGUGUCCUUCGUGGCUUGGACGGCCGGGAUGUGCUUCACGUCGCUGGUGGCUUGGCUUGUCCCGCGCUGGGACUACCUCACCCUGAUCUCCUGCAUCCCCCCGGCUUUGUGCUUUCUCUAUUUGCUGUGUCUCCCAGAGUCUCCCAGGUGGCUUCUCAUGAGCGGGAAACUGAAGGAGUGCGCCGCCGUCCUCAUCCAGGUAGCGAAGUACAACAGGAAGGAGCAACCCUCCGCCGCUGAGCUCGAGGCCGAACUCAAGGAACUCAGAGACAACCACUCGAAGGAGGAGUCUCUGGUGCACAUCCUGCGUUACCCCAAACUGCGUCUGAGAGCCAUCUUGCUGCUUUUUGUUUUAGCCUGCACGUAUAUGAUGUACGGCAUUCUCAUCUUCAGCAUUAACGUCCUCAACAACUACUUCCUGAGUCACUUGGUCUUAUCGGCUUUUGAACUCCCGAGCAACGUCCUGGGCUGGCUUUUCUCAGACUACCUCGGUCGUCGCUUCACCUGUAUUUUCACCUUUAUUGUGGCUGCCGUGUUCUGUCUGGCUGCUCCGUUCACUCUCCACAACGAAUGGGCUCACCUGGCGAUUGCGGCUUUCAUCAAGCUCUUCGUCACACAGCUGAUUUUCGUCCUCUUCCUGCUUAACACCGAGCUCUUCCCGACGCCCGUCAGGAGCACCGGCUUUGCCUGGUCGUUGGUCGCGGGGUUCGCGGCGAUGUCCGCUGCGCCGUACAUCCUCAAUUCGGGAUUUGGUCCAGCAUUUCCUUACUGGUUCAUGAUGGCCCUGCUGCUCCUCUGCUGCCUGGCCGCUCUCCCUUUGCCGGAAACCCUGGGGCUUCCGCUUCCCCAGACCUUCCAGGAGGCUGAGGACAUAGGCAACGGGCGGCCCCUCCUGACGUGGAUCCACCACUGGAACUACGAGAAGCACAGUCUUCCGGGAGUCACUUCGAAGAAACCUCACUGCGACGGGGACUCGGUCACGGAGGAAUCGAAGAUGAUCUAGACUUGUGAUGGAAUUUUGGGGUGAAUUUCACUCGAUUGUCGUGUUUUUUCAAUAAAAAUGUUAUUUCCUAAACAA